GGUCGUGCUUGCUGCCCAUGUGCGCAAACCUCUUCAGUUCUGUUCGAAUGUUUGUUUGGGCCUUCUUUUUGGGACCUUUCAUACAAACAUGAGGCUCACAGAAAAAAAUUACGUCGCGUCAAUUGAGUAAUUAAUAUAACUACCGAUUACAACUCGCGCUUUACUGCACAAGUCUUUCAGUCGUUUAUGCUAGUUACAAGCACUAUGAUAGCUACAUUUUCAAGAAUGUCCGUACUGCGAAGAUGCAUGACCGGUUUACGGUGCGUUUGCAAACGUCCCAAGUUGUCACGUAUAGCUAAACCACUGGGGACAGUGUGUCUUGCAGGCACUGUUGCCGGUAUGGCCGCCAGCGACACAUCGGAAAAGGUCGAAGAUCCAGAUUCAAAGGCACUAACACACCGCUUCUUGUUGAAGCAAGCGAGCGCCCUGGCUAUUGAUGCCAUUGCAAGGAUACUGACGGAACUUACUACGGCCAUUACUGACGUGCACGAUGAAUACAUUGAGAGCAUGACACAGCUGCUUGUGCUGAUGAACAACUACUCUGAGUAUCUCUCCAACUGCUCGGGGGAGGAUGAACUCUGGUUGGAGGUCAUAGCGGUCCGGUCCAGAGUUGCGGAGCUUAAAGCAAAGAGCAUAGCGCUGCAGUCCCGCCUGCGAAGCAUGUCGGACCUGGUCGAAGCGGCAGCGCAGGUAGCCUUCGUCAACGGUGCGGAUUACGCCGGCAUAAGCGCCAACGAAAGACUCAUGUCUGCGGAGCAGCACAUCAGGGCAUCUGCACGGCGUGUUGCAGCUCUCGAAAAAGAACUCCUGGAGGCUGAGAAAAAUAUAAUCCUGUCCAGUGAUGCCAAGGAAGCACAAGAAGGUGGUGUUCCGUCGUAGUGCCGUCGUUACGUGGAAGUGAAUUUCAACGAUGGAAUAUAUGCGCUGCUAAGAAGUGGACGUUUAUUAUUAUGUGAGAAUGAUACGUUAAGAGUACCCUAUGAUUAAAAAAAUUGUAUAAAAAAAUUUAAUUUCUAGUUCAGCUUCUGUGCAUUACAAAAUAAACGCAGAAUAUGUUUGCCUA